AAAGAAGAGGGAGGGGCGAAAAAUUAAAGGGGCAAAGUAGAAUAUAUUUAGCUGUCCAUGAUCAAUGCGUUCUAUAACUCGAGAAUUUCAAUAAAGCAUUUAUUUUUCAUAGCAGUCAGAGCCCUCCGAUUUGACAGUCGAUUUUAUCACGAUUUUUUUAAAUGACAAACGACAGAAGUGCUGGGGACGCUGCUUGGGUUAUGCAUCAUCAAAUGCAGUCGAAUCCCAAAUCCGCCUGGCCCUCAAAUUUCAACUCGGAAAAUAAUAACGUGAACUGGAGUAACGCUAUGGACGCUUCCCAAUACCCUGGUUACUCCUCAAACUACUGGUACCCUCAGACACAUUCCACAGCAGGGCACUAUCCAAAUGCCUAUCCUUCAGGAUCCGAUGUGCAGCCACCUUACAACCCACAGGCAAUGCAAGCAUAUCCAAAUGGCCAUGGCGUCUAUAACCCUGGUCCAGGCCAGUAUUCUGCAAAUUCUUUCCACCCAUCCAACCCAUUCUACUGUGCAGAGCAGAUGUCUCCCAGGCAGGCAACAGGCCAGUACCCUAGCCAGGGUUGCCAAGGACCAGAGCAGAGCACAGGGGGGUCAGGCCAACCACACGCCCAGCACCAACAUCAGCACCACCACUACCCUGGACCACACUGUCAAGGGGCCCCUAGCUAUCCUCCUGGGUCUUACCCACACUAUGGGGAAGGUGGUCCUGCAUUGCCCCCAAACCCCCAAUACCCCACUGGACAGGCCCUUCACCCUAGGCCACAGGCUGAGGCUUGGGCCCACUCGGGUGGGUAUGGGCCCUCACACCAGCAGCAGCAGUGGCAGCCAGGCACCCAACCUCUACACAGCAACUAUGGGACCCCUGUCCGCCCGCAACACCCCCCAGCCUGGCCAGGCACUGGCACUGGAGCCCCACCCCCCUAUGAAGCCAAGGACCAGCACUACCCAGGACCCCACCAGCACCAGUGUGCCCCACAGGUGGGACCCAAAUCCAGACCAGCCCCCUCCCCUAACCCCCCUAAUGGCAAGCCUGUCGACUUCAGCUCACCUCCCCAGAUGUACAACAAACCAUGGCGAGGGGGGGCGCAGGAGCCAAAGCCUUCCCAAGGUGAGCCUCCAACCCCAGCCCAGUCCCAGGGUCCGAUCGGGCCCCAGCCCCUGAGCGACAACCCCAGCCUGGCCAAAGUCCAGCAGGUCAUGGCCCGGGUGCUUUUGCUCCAUGAGGAUGUGGACGAGUUUGUGGGUAAAAAAUCGGACAAGAGUUACCGGUACCUGGAGGAACUGCUGACCAAGGAGCUGCUGGUUCUGGACUCAGUGGAGACUCAGGGACAGGAAGUGGUUAGGCAGGCCCGGAAGGAGGCUGUGCAGAGGAUCCAGGCCAUACUGGACCGGCUGGAGAAAAAGGCCUUCUGAAUUGGACCGGUUCUGGUUCUAAGGGUCUCACUGUUCUUUUUUUGUGACAUUUGAAUCUUCCACGGUCAGGUUGUGGUCCUUAUUUCAUAUCCGAACUGGUUCCUUGGAAUUAAAUGCUUAAGUCCCUGUUUGUUGACUACACCUCCCGGAUUGUAAAGGUUUAGAUAGAAAGAAUGGUUGUCGACAAGGACUUAGGGGUUGGUUUGGUUUGGAAUCAGGCCAGCUUAGGCUACUUCAUGCAGGUGUGAUCAGGAACAAAAGAGAUGCCAUAUCAAAGUAUUCAUGAUGGCAAAUGUAAUGGUUGUACAUAUCAAGUCAUGACUAAGUUAUGGUGUUGUUGGGUUAGUUGUCAUAACCCGACAUUAGUGUCCAUGAUGGCUUAAAGCAUCGGUUAUGUCAUGCUUGUGCCAGUGUAAUGUAGUCUUAUAAUGGUGGUUUCAUAUAGUGUCACCAUGUUCCUUUCAAAGUAGGUAAACGUUGCCCCUUAAUCACUGAUAGGGUGAGACGUUUUUGCCUGGUUAUUAAGGUUAGGAUUUGGCGUAGGCUAAUCUGAUCCUAGAUCUGUGUUUUCAAGGCCACUUCUACCAUGAGUGUUCCAUUCACCAUGUUUUCUUACAUGUUGCGAACCAUUUGCACUACCAUGAGAUUUCCCCUUUAUCACUAACCCUAACCUUAUCUCCCACUUGUCAUUGUAAGCAGAAUGCAAACAGUGUGCAUUCAAACACAGCCUUCCAAAUCGCCACAGGGGUGGCAGGGAUUGAUAUUAAGGGUUGCCCUAUUGCCUUGGGGAAGUGAACUGAGCAGUUGCUCAAGUUGAGCCUGCUCUGAGGUUGCUCCAUUAGGCAGGUGAUCUGUUUUUAAAAACAACCAAACUACAAUGAAUUCCAAUAGCCUAAAAUGUAUAUUUAUUUUAAGUGAAAGACAGAGAAUUUAUGGCAGUCGGGCAAGUCUAUUUAAAAAAAACUGAUUUAAAGUAAUUGAAAGGCAGGCAAUAUGGCACUUCUGCAUAAUUUACAUUUUCGGGCAAGUGAUCAUAAUCUUUGAGCAACCAAAAAAUACUCCUGACUUGCCCGAUGGGCAAGUGCCCUUUUAGACUUUAAUAUCAAUCCCUGGGUGGGUAACGUUACACACUAUUAUGUUCAUUUACACUUUUUUCUUCAGUAUCUACAAAGGUAGGGUCAAUUGCUUUUCAUUGCGGUCGAUGGAAGAAAUUAAUUGAAAUUCAAUUAAUGACUUAAAGUACCUCAAUGGAAAUAUUGAGCAAGUUUCAAUUAAUUUCCUGAAUAGAUGGAAUUAAAAAUGGAAUUGAUGCCAACCCUGGUAUGUGCUGUAUAGUAGUUUGUCUACAACUCCUCCACAAUGCUAUUGCCAUUGAUUGGUGGUAGACAUUGUAAUUAAGUGCAGAUCUAUGAUCAGAUUAGCGUUAUUCUUCGAAGGACGAAAAGGAAAACUGACCUUAGACCCUGUCCCAAUACUUCCUUCUAUAGAGUAAUCUCUGACCAUUCUUCCACAGUUUUACCAUUCAAGUUCAUAUCAGACCAGGACCCAUAUCCACUAAUCGUCUCGGAGUAGGAGUGUUGAUCUAGUUUCAGGUCCUCCCUGUCCAUAUAAUCUUAUUCAUUAUGAUCUAAAAGGUGAUAACUGAUCCUAGAUCAGCACUCCUACUCUAAGAGGCUUUAUGGAUACGGGCCCAGUGAUAUUUUAAGGAAGAAGGAUGUAUUGUCAAAGUAUUGGAACAGGUGGUUGGGUCAGCUUCAUCCUACAGCACUAUGAUUGGAUGUUUGACUCGCUUCUCUUUUUUAUUUCAAAACAACAAAUCAGAUGCUUUUCUUAUUUAAUCUAGCACCAAAAAUCACUUAUUUCGUAGACUGUGCUAAUUUCUUAGAAAUCAGCUACUUUGUUGAGUGCCAUAAUAUCGGCAGGUGCUUUUUCAAAUCGUUAUAAAAAAUAAACUUAAAAUCUCUUAA